AUGGAACCAAGAAUAAAAGAUGCUGUUGAACGAUUGGAUCAUCUUUAUCAACGACUUGUUAAUUAUAAACCAUUACUCGAUCAAAAUGUUUUAAAUGCUGAAUUUGAAAUAAGAGCAAAUUUUAAAAAUUUAAUAGAAUUAUUAAGUAAACGACAAUCAAAUCUACUUAUUCAAUUGCAUAAUAUUGCCAAAGAGAAAUCUAUCCUCAUUGAAAGUAAUAAACAAACAGUUGAAUCCUUAAGAAGUGUUUUACUACAAUCAUGUGUUACCAGAAAUGAAAUCGAUACAAAAAUUGGUGAUUAUGUUAGACGAGCUGAAUCAAUUAAUUUAACAUCAGAUUUAACACCAUUUAUUGCUUUCCAUAUUGAGAAUAUACAAUUAAAUGAAAUUAUUUCAACAUUUGGUCGACUUGCAUCUAGAUAUCCUGGUCACUUUGCUGAUCCAAAUAAACCUUCAGUAUGUUUACCGCAAUUAUUUGAAGAAGAAGAACAGAUAAGAAUUGGAAAUUCAAUUCUUUCUUCUACUGUAUUCAGUCAUGUCCAACCAUUAUGUAUAUGCAAUGAUCCAACAUUAAAAAAAUGGUUAUCAUUAACAGAACAUAAAUGCAAACGAAGAACUUCAUCCGAUUCUUUGAGUAAUAUAGAUACAAUGAAAGAAGAAGAGGAUGGGAUGAGUUUCACUUCAAAAAAUGAUUAUUUCUGGUUGAGUAAAUUAUCUGAAAAAGGAUCAGUACAAGAUAAUUUCGAAUCCAGUAUUUCACAAUCAGCAGCUGUACGUGUACCAUAUUGUCAGCCACACUCGACACUUGUCCGUACAUGGCUUGAAUUACGAGAUGAUAGUCAACCACUGACAGUAGAAUCUACAUCUUAUCAUAAAGGAGAAUUAUACGGAUUGAAUAAUAGCUUAAAGCCCUCUAAUUUAAAACAAAAUAAAUCUACUUCGGAAAGCUUUGACAUUUUGACAAAUUCAUCUCAAAAUAUAUCCAGUUUAAAAGAUUGGUUAUUCUGUGAUCCGGCUGAAUUAAGAGAUAUGCCUGGUUUAUCGACAAAACUUAGUCGUAAUGAUAGCAGUAUUGGUUCUAGUGUUGGUAGUAAUAAUAUCAGUGAAUACAGUACACGUUCAGUGAAAUCUUCUUGGUUAAUACCAGAGAAUACAACUUUAUCAAUUAAUAAAGAAAUGUCUACACUCUGCAUAGAUUCAUCAAAAAUCGAUAAUUUAACAAAGAAUUCAUUAUUUCCUGAACAUAUUUUUCAUUCUGGACCGAUUGAUUUAUCACGUUGGUUAAGACAAUCACCACCACCACAAUCGAUGGAUAAUAACAGUAGCAACUUAUCAAUGGAACAAAAUCAAUCUAUUAAUGAAGAGAUGAAUAGUACUACUUCACAAACAAAUGAAAUCAAUACAAUGAAUCCAAAUAAAAUUAUUGAACAUAAUGAUAUUGUAGUAGAAUACUGUCCAAAAUUUGGAAUAUGUCAAGGCGGUCCUGGUGGACCGACAUGUUGUGGUGGAUGUUCUUUAUCGAUGAUAAAAAGGAACUCGAUUGAUGCAUCAAUACAAUCAGUCACUAAUGAAAAUUCAAUAAUUGGUAUUUCAUCAAAUACGCUAAAUAAUGAGAUGAAUUCAUGUGACAAUAAUAAUAAUAAUAAUAAUAAUAAUAAUAAUAAUAAUAAUAAUAAUAAUAAUAAUAAUAAUAAUAAUAAUAAUGAUAAUUCAAUUGUAACUGAAUUACAUCGUAUUGCAAAUAGUGAUUUAAAACAAUGGAUUGUUAAUGAUAAGCCAGAACAAUAUAAUAACAGUGUUGAUUGUUAUUCUGAUCGAAGACAACAAUCGGAUUUUCUUCAUCCGGUAACUCAAAAUUAUUUAACAUCAUCAGCGCCUCAAACAAACUUUUCUGUUAUUGAUAUGGAAAUUGAUGGAAAAGGACGUGGAAUAGGAGAACUAGAUGAACCAGAUGCAUUAUCUAAUCCUCAUAUUCUUCUAUCACCUUCAAUUGAUAUAAAUGAAUGUAAAUCUAAAGAAUUCAAUGAGAAAACAUUUUUACCAUGUAAAAAGUCUACAUUAUUCACACAAAAACCAGUAUCCACAUAUUCUCAUUGGUUAAUUUAA